AUGUUGUUGGACGAUAAACGCAUGAUAACGGCUAAACGAAUCGAUAGAAACUGCACAUUUGUGCCAGUAUUUACCUUUAUUGAAAAGAAUGUGAAUUUAAGGAAGAAUUGCAUUGAACGAGGAAUAUAUGAAACAUUGCCUUUUCCUCUAACAUUAAAAUUCUAUAUAUUCGAUAUUCUCAACAAAGAUGAAGUUCAUAAUGGGAGUAAACCUAUUUUGAAGGAGAUCGGUCCAUUUUAUUUUGACGAAUACAUUUGGAAAAACAAUAUAAGUGACAACGAUGCAGAAGAUACAAUGGCAUUUAAUAUUAUGAAGAAGUAUAUAUUUCGUCCUGAUUUAAGUAAAAACCUAACAGGUGAUGAAAUAGUCACCACCAUGCAUCCCGUUAUUGCCGCAAUCGGGUUAACUGUGCAUUUCGAAUUUCGUCAAUUCCUGCAUGUCGCAAGCACAGCCAUCAAAGAAAUAUUUCAUAGUCCGACAGAUGCUUUUUGGACGGGAAAAGCAAUGGAUUUACUGUAUAAUGGCAUCGGAAUUGAUUGUAGCACAAAAAAUCCGUUGGCCAAACUUGCAUGCAACGAAAUUAGGAAGAGUAAAAAUCCAAUGAUUCAAAAAAUGAAUAGAACUCAAAUGAAGUUCUCGAUUCUAGGAGGAGUUAAUUUCACAUCAACUGGUCAUUGGAAAGUGAAUCGAGGAGUAAAGAAUAUUCGUAAGGCUGGACAAGUUAUAGAAGUUGAUGGUCAAACCGAGUUGAAGGUUUGGGGAGAGGGAUCAAAUCAAUGUAAUCAAUUGGUCGGAACGGAUGGUUUACUUUUCACACCACUUCAGUCAAAAAAGAAGCCACUUACAUUCUUUGUUCAACAAAUAUGUACUUCAUUGCAUCUAAAGUACGAACAAACAGCAAGCUAUCGAGGAGUUGACCUUCAUACGUUUACGAAGGAAUUUGAGGAUUUUUCCGCAAACAAUUUGACGAGAUGCUUCUGUCGACAACCUGACAGAUGCCCAAUACAAGGGACAAUGGAUCUAUUGCCAUGCGUUCAAGUACCGGUCACAAUAUCGCUGCCACAUUUUUAUCGUGCAGAUCCUUCGCUUCUCGCGAACAUCGCUUCCGGUUUAAAACCAACCAAAAAGAAGCAUGAGUUUUUCAUUAGCUUGGAAUUGAAUUCUGGGGUUGCGCUCCGUGGUGCUGGACGAGUGCAGAUCAACUUUGAAGUGGAACCGAUAAAGGAAAUAGAAAUCAUGGCAAAUCUACCAAAAAUGAUUUUCCCAUGGAUCUGGUUCGAGGAAUCAGCCGAGGUACCUGACUCCCUAGUAAACCUGCUCAAAUACACUCUAACUUUAGCAAAGACUAUCAACUGUGCACUUCAAUGGAUUACCCUUACUUAUUGGUUGUUUGGUACUAUUAUAUGUACUACAUUAUUCGUGCUGAGUCGAUACGCUAACGUCAACAUUUUUGAAGAGGGACAAAGUGUGUUCAUGAAAAGUCCAAAUUUAUCUAAAAUUGGGGCUAUUACCACGGCCAGUGAACUAUCGGACAAAGUAAACGACGGAUUGAAGACUAUCGAUGAAAAAGAUGCUGAUGUGAACGUGAAUGGGGAAGACACUAAUAGCCAUUCAAAAAAUGGUGCAGUCAUAUUGCUCAAUGAAAUUGUCACGAAGGCAGCAAGUGCUGCUAACAAAAGUCGAUUGCAGACAGAUUUUAACUCUAUCAAGUUCUAAAAUUACGUUCAAUUUCUUUUUUCAUGCUUGUAUCAAGUGCAAAAUAUCACUACACUUUUCACAUAUUAAAUAUGUAACAUUUUAGGUUUAGCCAAUGCCAAAAUUGUGAAAAUAUUGUUACUCUCAUAACUAUAUUUUUUAUAAUAGAAGAGGCGCUUGCAUAAGCCACAAUCACGUUCUAAAUAAACAAAUUGCUUACGAUAAAAAAAGAAAUUAUGUAAUUUUUUUGUGCUGCCUUCGGUGAACAUGAAAAGCAUUCAAUUUUGUUUUUAUUCGGAUUGGUGGCUGGCCACAUCCUAUCUGA